UGAUUUCAAAAAUCUCCACCCAAAAGUCAACUCCUCUCUCUCUCUCUCUCUUCCUACUUCUUCAACCCUUUCUUCCUCUUUCCUUCCCCCUCUCUCUCUCUCUACUCUCUACUCUCUCCUCUCUCUCCCCCUCCUCACACAAUAUUUGCCAUGAAAUUUCAGGUACCCUCUUCAUUCCACUGAAGCUUUCAUCCUUCAAUUUCUUCUAUAUAUUUUUUCUGCGAUGGGUAACGGAUUGGGAAAAAUCAGCGGCUGCUUCACCGGCGGCGAUAAAGACCCGGCCGUGGUGAUAUCCGACCCGGUAGACGACCUGGGCCACUCGUUCUGCUACGUCCGGCCCGACCCGACCCGACUAUCCUCCUCCAAGGUCCACUCGGAGGAGGAAACGACGACGUUCCGCACGAUCUCCGGCGCCUCCGUCAGCGCCAACACCUCCACCCCUCUCUCCACCGCCUUCGUCGACCUCUACAGCUACAACUCCAUCGACCACUCCUCCUCCGCCGCCUUCGAGUCCUCCACCUCUUUCGCCUCCAUCCCCCUCCAGCCCAUCCCCCGAAACUCGGGCUCGGGCCCCCUCCCGUCUAGUUACUUCGGGGGAGGAGUGGUCCCCACCUCGGGCCCGAUCGAACGCGGAUUUCUAUCCGGCCCUAUCGAACGGGGGUUCCUAUCGGGCCCCCUUGACCGGGGCGGCCUCUUUUCCGGUCCAAUGGAAAAGACGAAUAGCUCAUCUGAUCAGUUUCAGAGGAGCUAUUCACACGGAUCUUUCAGCGCCCGACCCAGAUCGAGCAAAGGGUCGUUGAUCCGGGCACUCCAAAGAGUGCUCUCGAAGACGAUUUCGCGCGGGCAGAGCUCGAUCGUCGCCCCGAUGGUUAAAUCCGUUAAAGAACAGGAUUGGAUCGUCGGGUCCGACAAGCAAAACGAGCUGACGAUCAGCAGCGAUGUCAGUUUAGACGACGAGGAUUCGUUGGAGGGGGGCCAGAAUAACCUGCAGUGGGCGCAGGGGAAGGCCGGUGAGGAUCGGGUCCACGUCGUCGUUUCUGAAGAACACGGGUGGGUUUUCGUUGGGAUAUAUGACGGAUUUAACGGCCCCGAUGCGCCUGAUUAUCUACUCUCUAACCUUUACUCUGCUGUUCAUAAGGAGGUGAAAGGAUUACUAUGGGAUGACAAGUGUGAAUCCUCAUCUAAUUCCACCUCCUCUGUUCCUUCUGAAAACCCUAAUUCGGAUUCGUGUCGCGAUGCCAAGGACGUGUGUUCUCGAUGCGUCGAGCAAGAGAAUUAUCCUUGUGGGAGUGGGGAUGCUAAUUGCGAAUCGAUGAGAAAGAAGGGUGGGAAGAAUUGGAGGAGUAAGUACAAGGGUGCGGCGAAGAAAUGGGAGGAGAAUCAGAGGAGGUGGAGGUGUAAAUGGGAUCGAGAGCGGCUAGAGCUGGAUCAGAGGCUAAAAGAGCACAUGAAUCGAAAUGGGUCGGGGGCAAUUGAUCAUUCGGAUGUGUUGAGUGCGCUUUCGCAGGCGCUGAGGAAGACGGAGGAGGCUUAUUUGGAUAUUGCUGAUAAGAUGCUGGUGGAGAAUCCUGAGUUGGCUUUGAUGGGUUCUUGUGUGCUUGUAAUGCUGAUGAAAGGGGAGGAUGUUUAUGUGAUGAGUGUUGGGGACAGCAGAGCUGUUUUGGGUAAAAAGGCCGAGCCUGAUCUGUGGCGACAAGAUUUGGAAAGGAUCAAAGAGGAAACUUUUCAUGAUCUUGAAUUUGAUGGUGAUAGAUCCAAUGUAACGCCUAGUUUAACUGCUUUUCAGCUCACUGUGGAUCAUAGCACCUCUAUUGAUGAGGAAGUCAAGAGAAUAAAGAAUGAACAUCCAGAUGAUGCUUGUGCCGUGGUGAAUGACCGCGUGAAAGGUUCGUUGAAGGUCACUCGAGCUUUCGGGGCUGGUUUUCUCAAGCAGCCUAAAUGGAACAAUGCUCUUCUGGAAAUGUUCCGAAUCGACUAUGUCGGAACUUCCCCAUACAUUAAUUGUCUACCGCAUCUGUACCACCACAGAUUAGGGCCAAGAGACAGAUUUUUGAUACUGUCAUCGGAUGGACUUUAUCAAUACUUCACAAACGAAGAAGCUGUUUCUGAAGUCGAACUUUUCAUCGCAUGGUCACCCGAAGGAGAUCCAGCCCAACACCUUGUUGAGGAACUUCUUUUUCGCGCUGCAAAGAAAGCUGGUAUGGACUUUCAUGAAUUGCUUGAAAUACCACAAGGGGAUCGACGUCGAUACCACGAUGAUGUUUCGAUCAUUGUUAUCUCACUGGAAGGACGGAUAUGGAGAUCGUGUGUAUAGUUAGGGGGGAAAAUCGUGGUUCAAAAUCAUAUAGAGACCUCGACGGAGACUAUUGGGCUCAUAUCCAAUUUUGGGAAUUUUGUUUCCUGGUCACCUUUGUGACAUUACCAAUUCAAGUACUGGGUGGUGAAAAUGAGCCGGGCAGUGGGGAAUGUAAAGGUGUGAAAGCUGCUUCAUGUUGAUUAUAAACUGUCAUACAAAAUUGUAAUUUCUCCAAUAAAUGACCACAAAGGAAUUUUGUUCACCA